UUCAUUAGCAUUGAGCAGCAAAAACUUUAGCUAUAAACAUUUUUUGACUGAAAUUUUGUAGUUGGAUUAGUAUAACAAAAUACCAAGUCUACUUCAAUUUUCAAAAUUUUUUAGUGACAAAUGAGUAUAUGUUUGUACAGCCUUCUUGUAGAAAGAAUACUUGUACUUAACAAUAAUUAUACUUGAUUUGAGUAUACUUUGUAUCCGUUGUUAGCAUACAUUGUAGGUAUCACGUUUUUUUUUUCAGUGUACAGUACCGGACAUGAAUGCUGUUUAAUUUUUUGAAGGAUAUACGUGCGAUUUCCCUAUACCCUCCUAUAGAAAAUCACACAGCAUUUAUGUCCAGCACUGUAGUAGGCUAGACUCCUUAGUUUAUUUUACUGUAAAUAACAUGUGUUAACAGGGCUCCAUGCCGCUUUCACAAUAUUAGUAGAGGUUAUAUAGUUCUUUUAUUGUGAAAAAUUUACUAUUUUUAACAAUAAAAUUAGUUAAAUUAUCUACAAAUAACAAUAAAAAAAUUUUAAAACACAGAAAGGGAAAUAAUAAACAAUGAAGCGUAAAGAAAAUGUAACGAUACCAAGCGGAGAUGAAGAGAUUUCGGAGAAGAAAUUUAAAUCUGAAGUAUUGAGUAAAAACUCGAUAAAUAAUCAGCCCAAUAAAAAAAAAUUUGAAAAACCUCUUAAUUUUGAUAAAAAAUCAAAAGGGUUCCAUACAAAAAAUUAUUCUCAUACUCCACAAAAUCUAACAAAGCCAAAUUGGCGAGAAGUUAAAGAAGAAAGAAAGAAAUUAAAAAUAUAUCGCAAAUCUAAAAAAUUAAAUGACAUAUUCGAGAUAGCCGUUGAAGCUAAAAAAAUAAGUGAAACAAUGAGAAAAAAAACAUGUGAUGAAAAAGAACGAAAAGAAUUAACCAUUAAGUUACAUCAAUUAUUACAAGGAAAUUAUCCAAAGUUCGUUUUUAUGCACGAUCUCUCUCGAGUUGUUCAAUGGCUCCUAAAAUUUUGUGACCCGGAAAUAAGGCAAUCUAUUGCAAAUGAAUUGAAACCAUCAUUAUUUGAUAUGAUGCAAUCAAAAUAUGCCAGGCAUUGUAUAAAAAUGUUUUUAGAGUAUGGCUCACAAGAUGUCAAAAGCGCAAUCAUUUCUGUCUGUUAUGGUCACGUAGUAAAAUUAAUUACACAUAUUGUUGCUUCUCCAAUCAUUGAUACCAUUUAUAGCCAUCAUACAUCGAAUGAAGAAAAACUUUAUUUCCAGCAAGAAUUUUUCGGAGACAUGUACAAAAAUUCUAAAGAUAAAAAUAUUAAAUCAUUAACAGACUUAUUACAACAAGUACCAGAUAUGAAAACAGCUAUAUUAUCAGCCAUAAAAAUAAACUUGAUAAAAGUUUUAAGUAAAGAUCUAGUAUCAUCACCUCUGAUUCAAACUCUCUUAGCAGAGUAUUUAUCUGUAUGCUCAUCAGAAGAUCGCAGUGAGAUGAUAAUAAUGUUAAGAAAUUCAGUUUUGAGUUUAUCAAAAACCAAAGAAGGCACAAAAGUAGCUAUGACUUGUGUAUGGCAUGGAACUGCGAAAGAUCGAAAAAUGUUACUUAAAUCAAUAAAGGAUCAUAUCAAAGAUCUAGCUACAUCUGAAUACGGAUAUUUAAUACUUCUAUCUAUAUUUGAUUCGAUUGAUGAUACUGUGCUUGUCAAAAAAAUAUUGAUUCCAGAAUUUCUAGAAAAUUUGAAAGAAAUUAUGGUUAAUGAGUACGGUAAAAAAGUUAUUUUAUACUUAGUUGCAAGAAGAGAUACACAUCACUUUCAUCCAAGUCUAAUUGCCCAACUUCAAGAAGGUGAUGGAAACGCAAUUAGUAAAAAAGCUGCAGAUAUUCGAGAAAAAGAACUUCUCGAAGGCGUUAUUGAACCUUUUUUAGAAUCGAUAUCUACUCACACGAGUGAAUGGCUUGCAAAUAAUUCUAUUGCAAUGGUUACUCUAGCUAUUUUAAAAGUUGGAUUUGAUAAUAAAUUACAACAAGCUUUUGAAGCCAUUGCCGACUUUCUUGUCAAUCCUGAUUCUACAUCUAACGAUAAAGGUAAAAUCUUUAAAGCAUUAGAACAUCCUGGUCUCCAUAUGGUACUAAAAAAACUCAUCAUUUCGGAUAAGAAUCGUAUUGAAAAGAAUAAUAUAACUUUUGGGGAAAUAUUAGUUAAUAAACUGGAUAGCUCAAUUUUAAAAAAUUGGUUUGAAUUUAAUAGAGCUUGUUUUUUACUAAUUUUAUUAAUCGAAAAUGAAAAGACAGAAGUAAUUGAUACUCUUAUAUCAAAAUUACAAACUGUUGAUAAAAUAUUGAAAACUAAGACAUUUUCUGCUGCUUCAAUUUUACUAGGAAAAAUAAAUAAAUUAAAAUAAAGUUUUGGUUAAAAC